AUGCGUCGCCUCCUUAUUCUUCUCGUUUGUGCCUUGGCAUUCACAGCUGCCGAAGAGAAGUGCUCACAGUUGGGCGAAAAAUGCGACCGCACGGUCUUCAACCCCUGCUGCGGUGACCUCAAGUGCGUGCUGAAGGGUUUUGCCGACGGCAAAUGCCAAAAGUGCCUGCCCGAGGGCCACUUCUGCUUCUACGAUUCUGACUGCUGCAGUGGAGACUGCGCGUGGUACCGUUUCUGCCGAUAA